AUGGCCCUUCAAGCUCAACAUAUCUCAAGCCUGAGUUGUCAGCAAGAACUAUCAGAAUAUGAUGUGCUACUUUCUACAGGGGAGCAAAUCUCGUGUGGACUAUUAGCAAUCACACUUCAGUCUAUGGGUAUUUAUGCUAAAUCGUGGCUUGCUUGGCAAUUACCAAUUGUAACCAAUGAUUUCUAUUCUAAAUCAGAAAUAAAGGAAAUAAAAAUUGACUGUUUGCAAAAAUCAUUUUCCGAAGGGUGCUCAGUUGCAAUAGUUGCUGGUUUUCAGGGUGUAUGUAAUAAUAGAUUAACUACAUUUGGUAGAGGAGGCUCAGAUAUAUCUGUUGUGGCUCUAGCGGUAGCUUUCAANAAAUCUCGUGUGGACUAUUAGCAAUCACACUUCAGUCUAUAGGUAUUAAUGCUAAGUCGUGGCUUGCUUGGCAAUUACCAAUUGUGACCGAUGAUUUCUAUUCUGAAUCAAAAAUAAAGGAAGUAAAAAUUGACUGUUUACAAAAGUCAUUUUCCGAAGGAUGCUCAGUUGCAAUAGUUGCUGGUUUUCAGGGUGUAUGUAAUAAUAGAUUGACUACAUUUGGUAGAGGAGGCUCAGAUAUAUCUGCUGUAGCCUUAGCGGUAGCUUUCAAUGUUAAGACUUGUGAAAUUUUUACUGAUGUUGAUGGAAUAUAUACAACUGAUCCAAAAAUUGUUCCCAAAGCACGUAGACUUAAAUCUAUUUCCUAUGAUGAGAUGUUGGAAAUGUCUUUAUCUGGUGCUAAAAUCUUACAUAAUCGUUCAAUACAAAUAGCAAUGAGACAUAAUAUAAAACUGCAAGUACUUUCCACUUUUAAAGAAUCCGAAGGUACUUCUGUGUUACCCAAUAACGAUGUAUUGGAAAAACAUUUAGUAACUGGGAUAACAUAUAGCACUAAUGAGGCAUUGAUUACUUUCACUGAUCUCACUUUACAUAUUUUACAAGAUAUAGUAGGUGCAAAUAUAAGAGUUGAUAUGAUACAUAAUGCAAGUUUAGUAACUCCCAAGUGUGAUGUUGAUCGAGCAAAAAAGUUAUUAGGUAAAAAUAUUGAUUAUACUAUAAAUGAUAGUAUAGCUAAAAUUUCAAUCAUCGGUAUAGGUAUUACAUCCAAUACUGCUGUGAUGUAUAACAUAUUCAAGGUUUUAGAGAGAAAUAAAAUAGAAAUGCUUGCUAUUUCAACAUCAGAAAUCAAAAUUAGCAUCAUCAUUAAAAAAGAAUAUGCUGAAGUUUUA